GAUGACGAAACUAUUUCCUUCCUGUUUUGUGUUCCUGUUCUACAACCUGUCCGUGGCUUUUGUUUCAUUCAGAUAAAUGAAUAUUACUGAAAAUCCAAAAAAAUACAAAAAUGCCUUCCAAACGAAUGAAUACUUACUUCAAGGAUAAAAUCUUGGUCAUUGUUACUGUUUUGGCCAUUGUUUUGGCCUUACUAGGUCUUUUACUGGAUUGUUGGUGGGAGACAGAUUCAACAACUAACAACCUUGGGCUCUGGGCUAACGUCACAUGCGGCCAAACUUCUAUUGGAGUGGCCGAUGUAUCGACAUACGCCUGCUUCUUGGAUGGCGCCGAUAACAACGGUUGGGUGAAGUUUAUCCGGAUUAUCUAUUCCUUUUCGACGAGCCUCCUCUUUGUGGGCCUAGUGAUACUGAUAAUCUACCUCCUAAAGAAAAGUCCUACAGCAAAGAAAUUCGCAGUGGUCGUAAUGUUCAUUGCUGGUCUUUUGUUUUUCGUUGCCUCAUGUGUUACAAUGGACCGCGUCAGGAACUUGACAGUCGGCUACUCUGCCAUUUUCACCUACAGUAAACCGGACCUGAUCCUUCGUCCCCACACUCUCCCCAUCAUGUUUUUGUCCUUCACCUUUGUGUUGACAAAGAUUGUUGCUGUUGGAUUGACAAUAAACAUGGACUAUAAACCUCCUCCACCAAAGGACCCAUUCCUGGAGCGGUCCACCAGCAUGCAGGCUAAAGCUAACACCUAUGUUUAGUCGUCAUUUAUAAUAUAAUAUCAUUUAGUUAUAUCCUUUCAUUAUGUCAUUCUUUUUUUUUUUUUUUUCGAAAUUCAGUAUAUGCACCUGACGGUUUGCAUGUACUGAAUGGGGAUAUUUCAGAGUAAACGAAUUUUGAAAUAAGGACUAGUAUAUUUAUACAUGUACAUGUAUGUGCGUUUUAUGUUGACAUGUCAUGUGAAUGAAAGAAAGAAAAUCUAUAAUAAAUUUGUUCAUGUUUGAA